AUGUCUACGUCCUCGUUGAGUGCUCCUGAAGUCGUACGGAUCAACCCAUGUGCUGUAUCAGACGAGAAGCACAAGCUGAUACGAGCUGGUGAGUUAUUACGCGAAGGCGAGCUCGUAGCUUUCCCUACCGAGACUGUCUACGGUCUGGGCGCUAAUGCUCUCAGUGAUGAGGCGGUUGCUGGGAUAUACCAAGCGAAAGGCAGACCAAGCGAUAAUCCUCUGAUAGUUCACACUACGUGUGCGGCUGAUGCACUCCGUCUCAGCCAAACACCUGAGGACCCGAUUGCAGUAAAGCUCGCCAAGACAUUCUGGCCUGGUCCUUUGACGAUGGUACUCCCUGUCGGCAGCAAUUCGGGCAUUGCGAAGAGAGUUACAGCUGGAUUGGAUACGGUUGGUCUGAGAGUUCCAUCGCAUCCAGUUGCUCACGCUGUGAUAGAAGCCGCAGGGGUGCCAAUCGCGGCUCCUAGCGCAAACACAAGUGGGAAGCCGAGCCCUACAGAGGCGUUUCAUGUUUACGAGGAUAUGGAACAUAAUGCUGAUGCUGGACGCAAGGAAGUGUCGAUGAUUGUUGAUGGUGGAGCUUGCGAUCACGGUGUUGAAAGCACUGUCGUCAGGAUAAUGGAUUCCAGCCACGUUGUUAUUUUGCGUCCUGGUGCGGUCACCCUCGAGCAACUGCGUGCAUGCCUUGAGGGUAUGGCGGUAGUUGACAUUCCCAAGCCUCUAGCAGGAGCUGAAUGCCCUCGAGCGCCCGGUAUGAAGUACAGGCAUUAUGCUCCACAAGCCAUGGUUGAUCUGGUAUACGAUAAGGACGAGAUACUGCGAGAAGCAGCAUUAUCCGAACCCCACACAGUUGUCAUUGCCUUUGACGACUUGAACCUCAAUGGUGCCCGUGUUCGUUCCCUUGGCCCUAGAUCUGAUCUCUCAGUUGCAUGUCACAGGAUCUUCUCACUAUUUAGAGAAUGUGAUGAUUCAUUGCACGCCAAACGAAUUGUACUGGACGCAAGGUUCGAUCAAACAACUGGUAUUGGCCGUGCUUUGUUCAAUCGUAUCGAGAAAGCCUCUCACCACUGA